AUGUUCUCGAGAGUGGCCAGUGCCCGGCUGGCCACGGCGUCGACCCGUCUGUCACGACCGGCCGCACCCGUUUUUCGAUCCCCCCGUGCCGCAUCCAUCUCCCCUUGGAUCCGGACGUACGCGCACCGACAAAAGAAGACCUCCUCGUUCACGCAGCGGCAAGCUUCGACCAACGAGCCCGCCAAGGGUGCUUCCAGCGAUGCUCCUUCCAAGGCAGCUCCCAAGGAGGCCGCCAAGGAGGAUGCUCCCGGACACGAAAGCGCCGAGUCGGAGCAAAUACCCUUCCACAAGCUCCCCGACCUGACGCAGGGCAUCCCCUCGACUAUCGAGCAAGAGCUGGCAGGCAAGGCCGGUCCCUCGUCGCCCUCGGCGCUCGAGGAGGUCGCCGAGCAAGACUCGGACCGUCGUCGCGGCCGUCGCGACUCGUACGUCUCGUCGAGCGAGCGCAAUCGCCGCUGGUGGACCCGCUUCCUCCUCCUCGCCACCGCCGGCGGCGCCUCCUUUUCCCUUCUCUAUAUGGGCCGCGACUGGGAGGAUGCCAUCGAGGCCGACCGCCACGCCGACGUGCCCAACGGCUGGAGCCCCUCCCUGUGGUGGCAGCGCGCCAACGCUCGCAUGUCCGAGUCCGUCUCCUACUACCAGGAUCCGGCCUUUGACAAGCUUCUGCCCGACCCCGACCCGAGCUUCGAGCGGCCGUACACGCUAUGCCUCAGCCUCGAGGAUCUCCUCGUCCACAGCGAGUGGAGCCGCGAGCACGGCUGGCGCGUGGCGAAGCGACCGGGCAUGGACUACUUUGUCCGAUACCUGAGCCAGUACUACGAGCUCGUCCUCUUCACCACCGUCCCCUUUGGCAUCGGCGAGCCGCUCGUCCGCAAGCUCGAUCCCUUCCGCUUCAUCAUGUGGCCGCUCUAUCGCGAAGCGACAAAGUUUGAGGACGGCGAGAUUGUCAAGGAUCUCUCCUACCUCAACCGCGACCUCAGCAAAGUCAUCGUCAUCGACACCAAGGCCAGCAACGUCCGCAAGCAGCCGGAAAACGCCAUCAUCCUCGACCCCUGGAAGGGCGAGCCCAAGGACACCGACCUCGUCGGCCUCAUCCCUUUCCUCGAGUACAUCCACACCAUGCAGUACGACGACGUGCGCAAGGUCAUCAAGUCCUUUGACGGCAAGCACAUCCCCACCGAAUUCGCCCGCCGCGAGGCCAUCGCGCGCAAGGAGUUCAACAAGCAGCUCGAGACGCACAAGUCGAAGCACUCGAAGCCCUCCGGCAUGGGUGCCCUCGGCAACCUCCUCGGCCUGAAGCCGGCCAACAUGAGCAUGACCAUGUCGCCCGAGGGGGAGCAGAACCCGAGCGAGGCGUUUGCCCAGGGCAAGAUGCUGCAGGACCUCGCCCGCGAGCGUGGCCAGCGCAACUACGAGCUCCUGGAGAAGGAGGUGCGCGAGAACGGCGAGAAGUGGCUGCAGGAGGAGAAGGUGGCCAUGGAAAAGGCCCAGAAGGAGGCCAUGAGCAGCAUGGUCGGCUCCUUUGGAGGCUUGUUCGGCCCCCAUGACGAGAAGAAGGCCUAG